AUGUCUGCAAUUCUUAAAGCUCUAGGACCCAUUUUCAACAUUUUCAUUCUCCUCGUCUUCUUCAUCGUCGUUUUCGCCAUCGUUGGCGUCGAGUUCUACGCCGGAGGAUACCACUCUCACUGUGUCAGUGCUGAAGGCGAGAUUUACGGUGAGAACCAACUCUGUGUCGGCAACGUGAACACAACAAACGGAGUCUCGUGGUCUGCCCGUGCUCCUUACACAUGUCCACCGGAGUUUUCCUGCGAAAUCGAUGAAACGGGCCCGUUCGACGGGAUUAUUAACUUUGACGAUGUGCUGUUUGGAAUGCUUACGGUUUUUCAAAUUCUGACGAUGGAAUCGUGGACAGCAAUUCUCUACUUGUCGAACGACGGAACAACGAACGGAAAUGCUCUCAACUCUAUAAUCUUCGUCUUAAUGGUAGUGAUCGGCGCUCUCUUCAUGCUCAAUCUGGUAAUUGGAGUUCUAAGUGGCGAGUUUUCGAAGGAAAGGGAGCGCGUCGAAAAGCGCAACGCGUAUUUGGCUAUGAGGGAAGAUAAGGAUGUCAACUCAGCGAUGAAUGGUUAUUUGAGGUGGAUACAAGAGGGGGAAGCAAUAAUGAAAGCUGAAGAAGAAGCUGAAGUUCUUCAAACUCGACUUAGUCUUCGCGCAAGGCGCCGAGCUACCGCGCUACCAGCUGGCUUUGGAAUUCCUGGAGAAGAAGAAGAAGAAGAAGCGGAAGAAGAAGUUUUAGAUGAAAUAGAUGAUGAGGAGCCCGAAGAAUCUUGGGGAAGUAAGAUUCAGCGUGGAGUAGAAGCGUUUAGGGCACAAAUAAGAGCCCUAGUCAGGACACAAUUCUGGUUCUGGCUCAUCUUAUCCCUUGUUUUGAUCAAUACAUUGCUAAGAUGUUCCAUUCACUACAACAUGCCUACCUGGUACGACAAUUUACUCUCAAAGCUGGAAAUAACUUUUUUGGUGUUUUUCACCGUGGAACUUUUGCUCAAAUGGUUUGGCCUUGGAUCAGAGCAAUAUCAAACGCACAUUUGCGUGAUGAUUGUCUAUUAA